AAUUGCUCAUGUCAUGUCAUGUUGCAUAUAAUAAAGUGCCUUUGGAUUUGGAUAUACGAGUCUGACAUAAUGAAUACGCAAGUGAAGUCAAAUUCAAGAAGCCACUUACUUGAACCUGUGAACGUGAAAAAUCAAGAGGGAAACCACAUAUCUUUUUCCUUUUUCUUGUAUUUAAGGGGAUGCAAUUGCAUUGGUUGGUUUUUCUACUUUCUUGCCUCUUUGCACUUUUGUUGUUCACUUUCUGGAUUCAUCCUAAAAGAAAAGGUUGGAGAAGUUCAAUUCAGGAGGAGCUAUCUGCCAAGAAAUUCUUAAGCUGUUGAAUAGAGUUUUGGAUAUAAUGGGUUGCAUUCCCUCAAAAGUAGCAGAAAAUAAGCACAUGUCUUUAGAAGUUGCAGAAGAUAAGAGUCAUAAGAGAACCCUACAUUCAGAAGAAGUGACAGAAAAUAAGCUUAAACCUGGUCAUGAGGAUUUUUCUGCCCUUGCUUCUGAAACACCAUUUACUGCAAGUGAGGUGGAAACCUUGAAGGAGUUGUUCCAAAAAUUAAGCUCUUCUAUUGUUAAAGAUGGAUUUAUUCAAAAGGAAGAGCUUUACUUUGCUCUUUUCAGAAACAGCAACAAGCGAAAUCUCUUUUUGGACAGGAUGUUUGAUCUUUUUGAUGUCAAUGGCAGUGGCCAGAUCGAGUUUGGGGAAUUUGUUCGAUCCUUGAGUGUCUUUCACCCAAAAGCUUCUGAAGCUGUGAAAAUAAAAUAUGCAUUUAAACUGUAUGACUUGAGGCACACUGGUUACAUUGAGCGCGAAGAGUUAAAGGAGAUGGUGCAGGCGAUUUUGGUUGAAUCUGAUCUGGUUCUCUCUGAUGAUGUGGUUGAAACAAUUGUGGGCAAGACAUUUGUGGAGGCCGACUCAAAAGGCGAUGGGAGGAUUGACCUAGAAGAAUGGAAAGAAUACGUGGGAAAGAAUCCAUCAGUGCUCAAGAACAUGACUCUACCUUAUCUAAUGGACAUAACUCAAGCAUUUCCCAGUUUUGUGCUGAAUGCAGAAACAGAAGAAUCACACUUGUAGCUUCAAUAUGUAUAUCUUUACCCAGAAAAAUCUAUCAUCCAAUACAAAGUACAAAGAAGAAUUCACAGGGGGAAGUAUGGCUAUUCUUGUUUAUGAAUCUCUUGUCUAUGGUGGUUAUGAAACGGUGGCAGAAAAGCCUGCAAUUCGCCUUCAGAAAGAAACGAUAAACAUUGCACAGCUAGAGAAAAUUUUAAUUUGGCACCUUAUGAUGCGGAAGCUAGUCCAUUGAAUCCCCAGACAGGAAGGUUUCAAGCCUCAUGAUUUUACUUUUGUUAACCUCAAAUCCAUAAUUCUUUUUUAACAGAGCUUGAGUGUAAUUGUGAUGUGUUCAGAGUAAAACCAGAAGUCUGUGUGACCAUCAAAUGUACAUAUGUGCUCGGGUAUUCCGUGUCUAUUAUCCAUGUCCUGCUUUUCAUGAUCAAGGAUGAAUUCCGGGUACCGGAUGUUUAUACCAAAAAAUGAAGGAUGAAUUGGUUGAACUUA